UGUCACUUCAGUCGUGCAGGUGUACUGCGACAGUACACAUGGCCUUGUUAUCGUGUGGCCGGAGCACAGGGCAGCGCGCUCGCUUUGGUCCAAUGGGCCAGUGAGUACAGCCUGCAGUUCAGGCGACCGGACCCACGGGUCAGCAUGGCAGGCCAAAGUAGUGCGGAAACGCAAUACAGCAUGCGUCAUGCGGGCAAAGCUACGGUAGGUGCAAUCGUCUGACCAGGUGCUGGGUGCGCAGCCAACAUUCGCCGGGUCAGGGUGAUCCCCAAGUUGUCCUUGGCCAUGAACUCUAAGGUCUAUCCGAUAUAUCCUUAAGUUCUAUCUGCGCCUGAGGUACAUCUAUGGGCGGUACGAGAGACUCACCCUUCCAACCGUGGCCCUGGGUGGAUACGCAGCGUAAGAGGACAAGCUGCUCUACGAGCCUUAAAGGUUUGUACAUGUACCAGCAGUUGCACUUUGGCGUAUCAGGGUUCAGCGUGAUCACAGAAAACUAGGUUACAUGCUAAUAUGCGGCCUUAGGGAGUGCGUUCUGCACAUUGGUGCAAUUUCAAUUGGUAUUGAUGCGCUUAACUGUAGUUUUUACAAGCACUGAGCACCUCUUGAACGUUCCUUAAAGCUCGGUGCUUAGCAUGUCGGAGCUGAACUACAAGCGCAGCGAUCAGGGUGGAGGCACACCUAGUUAUUCAUCGCAGCAGGCUCCAUUCAGGCGUAAUAGAGCGGACGCAGAGCGUUGGGCGCAGGUGGUGGCUGACAACGCGGUGUUAGCUCGCAAACUGCGGGACAUCGGCAGGGAGCCCCCGGCUAGCUACCACGCGCCCCGCGGCUACCAAUCCGUUCGCGGGGGGAAACAGAUAAAGCAAGCACGUACAGGCAAGCCGCAAAACGGCAUGCCGGAGACGCCGCACUACAUGCCACCCACCGCUUGGCCUCCCCUGGAGCCCGCACAUGAGAUUGUACGGCAACCCAAGGCGCAACGGGAACUUACCGCCUGCAACGCCCACCUCGCCGCAAAGCUCCGAGAGGUUUACCGCAAACACCAUGUUGGACAUUCCCCCGGGGAUGAAAGGGCUGGGAUUGCCAACCCUGGCAGCGGCAACAGUUCCUGCAGCAGUGGCGGCAAAGCAGCCCAGGGCAAGAUGGAUUGCAACGAGCGCUGGGCUCUUAGGACUGCCUUAUACGACAGUGCUCUGGGUGCUGCUGUUGGAGAUGCUGCUGUUGGGACUGUUGGGGCAACUGCGGCAGCAGCAGCUGCUGCUGCUGCUGCCGGAUCGUUCAUGGCUGGUGGCAGGACGCUAGAUUUGGAGCAGGCCAGUGUGCCCAAGUCCCUUGGAGUUGCUUUGUGCGGCGGCUGCGGCGCCCGCUGCUUCUACGCAGCUGACGGGGUGAGACUGAUGAGGUGCAGAGGCUGCAAGGCGGCCUGGUACUGCUCCGAGGCGUGUGCCAGACUGGACUACCAGUCACACAAGGCUGUGUGCAAGCACUCAUCCACGGGCCACUGGACCCCAGGGGGCAUCCGACCCGCGGAGGACUGCUGGGUCAGCAACGCGGCCAUGGCAGAGGUACGACAGGAGCUUCGGAGGCGAGCAGCUGCUUUAGCUGCUGCUGGUGCUGCUGGUGCUGCUUCUCUAGCGGUGGCGGCGGCGGUGGCUCGAGUGGGAGGCCCUGGUUGCUGCGCCGCUGCCGCCGCCGACGACAACGACGCGUCUUAUAAGCCAAUGGGCUCCUGCUCCUACCCUGGUAGUGCUCCUAGUCCGCAGCAGCAGCAGCAGAGGAGCAGUCAAAGGCAACAGCAGCAGCAGCAGCCUGGGCUUCCGCACCAAAGGCGCCGGCAGCAACUGACACCACGGCCGGCGGGUUCGCCAUGCGGAGGUAGGUCCUCCUCCGCACAGCCUCAACGUCGGUCGGUAACGGGAAACGUGACAGGGGUGCCUGCACUGGAAGAGGGGGAGCUUGAAGACGAGGCGGAUGUGUUGUUUUCGCUGGAGUCAAAGUAUAGGGAGCUCCGAAACCGGGAACUGCAGGCGGAACGGAAGCUACAGGAGGUUGAGUUUAGGGCGAAUCAUGGAUUGGAUGGACCGCGUCCUUGCAUGUUUAGCAUGAAGCGCUUUGCGGCGGCGGCGUCAACUGGGAAGGGCGGCAGCAGGGGAGGGGACGGGGCCCGGAGGCCGGCGUCUGCGGGGCCGCAGGAAC